GCCAAGCCAAUGGCUUAGUGUCUGUGUGGUAUAUAAAGAGGGGCCAGAGACCUCCAGAGUUGGGUGACCCCUAUUUUGGCUGUGGUGAACAGGAUCUGAUCCCAAGGACUGUUACCUCUGUACUUGUCUGGUGUGCAGUGUUAGAAAGCAAUCAUGCCUUUCGGAAACACCCACAACAACUUCAAGCUCAACUACAAAGUUGAGGAGGAGUUCCCAGAUCUCUCCAAGCACAACAACCAUAUGGCCAAGGUUCUGAGCAAGGAGGUAUAUGGCAAACUGAGGGACAAACAGACACCCAGUGGCUACACUCUGGAUGAUGUCAUCCAGACUGGUGUUGACAACCCCGGUCACCCCUUCAUCAUGACUGUCGGCUGUGUUGCUGGUGACGAGGAGUCCUAUGAGGUCUUCAAGGAUCUGCUUGACCCUGUCAUCUCUGACCGUCAUGGUGGAUACAAGCCCACUGACAAGCACAAGACCGACCUCAACCAUGAGAACCUGAAGGGUGGUGAUGACUUGGACCCCAACUACGUUCUGUCUAGCCGUGUUCGUACUGGUCGCAGCAUCAAGGGAUUCACCCUGCCCCCGCACAACAGCCGUGGAGAGCGCAGAAUUAUUGAGAGGCUGUCCAUUGAGGCUCUGAACAGCCUGGAUGGUGAGUUCAAGGGAAAGUACUACCCCCUGAAGACCAUGACUGAUGCUGAGCAGGAGCAGCUGAUCGCUGAUCACUUCCUGUUUGACAAGCCCGUGUCUCCCCUGCUGACCUGCGCUGGUAUGGCCCGUGACUGGCCUGACGGCAGAGGCAUCUGGCACAACGAAAACAAGACCUUCUUGGUCUGGGUGAAUGAGGAGGAUCACCUUCGUGUCAUCUCCAUGCAGAAGGGUGGCAACAUGAGGGAGGUGUUCAGGCGUUUCUGCGUUGGCCUGCAGAAGAUUGAGGAGAUCUUCAAGAAGCACGACCAUGGCUUCAUGUGGAACGAGCAUCUCGGCUACAUCCUGACCUGCCCCUCCAACCUGGGCACUGGCCUGCGUGGUGGUGUCCAUGUCAAACUGGCCAAGCUGAGCACACAUCCCAAGUUUGAGGAGAUCCUCACCAGGCUGCGUCUGCAGAAGCGUGGCACAGGUGGUGUGGACACUGCCUCUGUGGGCGGUGUGUUUGACAUCUCCAACGCCGACCGUCUGGGCUCCUCUGAAGUGGAGCAGGUCCAACUGGUGGUUGACGGUGUCAAGCUGAUGGUUGAGAUGGAGAAGAAGCUGGAGAAGGGAGAGAGCAUUGACAGCAUGAUCCCAGCCCAGAAGUAAAGAGGGACAAUCUUCCGUUUUUCUCGUGACCGUUCAUGUGUAAUCGAGCCAGCGGAUGGACGCGCAGAGGAAACAGCCGCUCACCUAGAGACUCUUGACUCUGCAAACUUCUUUUUCUUCUUUCCUGCUUUUUCUUCUCUCUGUCCUCUUUUUUUUUUUUUUAAGUUCUCCUGUGUUGGUUGGUAACAUCCUGGGAUCAGCCUCCACUGAGCUGGGCUUGCCUGGCAAAUGUGGCAUCACCUACUUUUUGUUAUAAAAAGUAAAGAUUAUUGAAGCUGCUCAUACUGCUCAAUAAAAAAGUGCCCUGUAAAACAA